AUGACUGAUGCGAGGGUGAGAAACCCAGGUAGUUGCGCAGCCAAAAGUGGGAACGUUGGUUCGGUGAUAGAGCAUCAUCCAUCUUCCUACUGGGAACAACCCUUCAGUCAGCCUUACUUUGACAACACGACUAAGAGAGAAACGACGACGACAGUCGGGCAAUCUGCUUACUUAUAUUGCAGAGUUCGCAAUCUUGGAGAUCGCGCUGUUUCGUGGAUCCGGAAACGAGAUCUUCAUAUUCUGACAGUGGGAAUUUUGACGUACACUAAUGACCAAAGGUUUCAAGCGAUGCACAGUGAUGGAAGUGAUGAAUGGACACUUAAGAUAACAUCUCCCCAAGUACGUGACAGCGGGACAUACGAAUGUCAAGUUUCAACAGAACCAAAAAUAAGUCAAGCUUAUAAAUUGAAUGUCGUCGUGUCAAAAGCAAAAAUAGCUGGAAAUUCGGAACUAUAUAUCAAGAGUGGAAGUGAUAUAAAUCUUACUUGCAUCGUACUACAGACACCUGAACCGCCGUCUUUCAUCUACUGGUACAGAGGUGAGCAUGUGAUAAACUACAGCCAACGAGGAGGAAUCAGUGUCGUGACGGAGAAACAGACCAGGACAUCGCGUCUGUUGAUUUCUCGGGCACUCCCAACAGAUUCCGGCAAUUACACCUGCGCUCCGUCUACAGCAGAGUCAGCCAGUGUCCUAGUACACGUACUUAAUGGUAGGUGA